GUGUCCAAUAAAGAGAAUAGACACGAAAUUGACAAAAAAAUAAAAAAUUAAAAGGGAGAGAAAGAAAAAUAAAACAAACAGAAAUUUUGAAAGAAGAUGUGGAAAAAAAAAACCGGCCCACAAGAAGCCUGUCGCUGGUUCCCCGUCCGUCCGCUUCAUCCUUUUCCCUCUCAGACGACUGGUGGGCCACCGCCGCCAGGUGCUGAGGCCAGGUGCAGGUGCUGAGGCUUUCGCUGGUCUCUUCGCCGGCGACGAGCACCGAGCACCCAGCAGAACUUGUUGGGUUUACAAGUGUACCACCAUGCCCUUUACUGGGUCUGCCCCUGCUUUCAUAGCUAGGCUGGUUGGGGUCCGGUCAAGCUGCUGUCCUCCUUCCCGUGCAUUUGCGGCUGUCAGAGCUCAAAAGAUUCAGCUUCCCAAGAAAAAAAGGCGAUUGGAUGAAGUGUGCUUAGGAAGGUUUCAACAAUACAGUAGAACAUACAUCCAGUCAUGGAUUCUUCAAGGUAAAGUCAUUGUGGAUGGAAGAGUUGUGAAUAAAGCUGGAACACAAGUAUCUGACAAGUCUGUCAUUGAAAUCAAGGCUGAAAUCCCAAAAUAUGUAUGUAGAGCAGGACAUAAGCUCGAGGCAGCUAUCAAAGGAUUUGAUAUUGAUUGUGAUGGAAAGAUAGCCCUUGAUUCAGGAUUAUCUACAGGUGGCUUUACUGACUGUUUACUUCAGCAUGGAGCAUCACAUGUUUAUGGUGUAGAUGUUGGCUAUGGACAGGUGGCUGAAAAAAUUCGCACACAUGAACGUGUUUCAGUGAUCGAACGCACAAAUUUAAGAUAUCUAUCUCAACUGCCAGAACUGGUUGACUUGGUGACACUGGACCUAUCAUUUAUCUCCAUUCUCUUGGUCAUGCCUGCUGUUAUCAAAGUAAUGAAGACGGAUUCUACAUUGGUAACACUUAUCAAGCCUCAAUUUGAAGCACGUAGAUCACAGGUAGGAGGUGGAGGGAUUGUUCGAGAUCCUCUGGUUCAUAAAGAGGUACUGGAUAGAAUAAUUUCAGGCGUGGAAGAAUUUGGAUUCUGCAACAAGGGCUGGAUUGAAUCUCCUAUAAAGGGUGCAGAAGGGAAUAAGGAGUUUCUUGCUUGCUUUCACAGGAUCCGAGUAUCAGAGUCACAGCAAGAGGUAGAGAUAGAGGCAAAGGAACCUGUAACCUAGGAUGUUAUCAGAAAUUACUCAAAUGAGUGUGAUCAUUAAUCAGGACACCCCCCAUAUUCGUAGUUGUGAUUGUGAGAUACAAUUUGUCGAGCUUAGACCAGUUCUGACACUAGAGAUACAGAAUUUUGAAACACAUUCUGAAGUUUCGGGGGUCUGCUUGCUGUUCCCCAGGAGAGCAAGAACAAACACACAGAAAAUCGUCA